UGCCACGAUCGGUUGUCGCCGCUAUCGUCGACGCAGCCCUGCGGCGACGCGAGCCAUAAAAGGGACCUGCCCGCGCAAGAGAGCUAUCCCAAUAUCCCAGCAUACGACAUCCGGCACCCAAUCCCCGCCCAGACAUCCAUACCUUGCCUAGACUAGUUGCCGUCAAAAUGUCAAACCCAAGUACAGCCACGACGCUUUUAUCGGCGCUGGUCCGCGUAACCGAGGACAGGAUUGUGCCACUGACGCGCGCUGGCGUGUCGUCGGGUAGCAAGCUCUUCGGUGCUGCCAUCUUGUCGCGAGAGGGCCUGGCUCCGCUCACCGUGGCAACCAACAACGAGCGCGCCUCGCCGCUCCUGCACGGCGAGAUCAACUGCAUACAGCAGUUCUUCUCGUCGCCUUCCGACAGCCGCCCGGCCACCAAGGACUGCGUCUUCUUCGCCACGCACGAGCCGUGCUCGCUCUGCCUGAGCGGCAUCACCUGGUCGGGCUUCAACGAGUUCUACUACCUCUUCACCUACGAGGACAGCCGGGACCUCUUCUCCAUCCCCUACGACAUCGACAUAUUGGAGCAAGUGUUCCGCGUCCCCGCCCCCUCGGAUACCCCUAAGUCGCUUGCCGCCCGCCCCCUCUACAACCACAAGAACAACUUCUUCACCGCCAAGAGCUUGGCCGACCUCCUGCAAGAAGUGCCAGACGAGACGGAGCGGAAGCACUGGGAGUCAGAGGUUGCCAGGAUUAAGGAGCUGUAUAACGGCCUCAGCGAAACCUACCAGGAAGGCAAGAAAGCCGGGGCUGAAAGUGCCAGCGUCUGGAAGUGAGCGUCGAGAGGCCAGAGUCUAAUCUCUCUGAAGGCCACAAUAUGCUUUCCACUUUCCGCAGCUGCACUUUGCAAAUCUCAUCGUGGCGCUUGGGGGUUUUCUUCUUGAGCGUUGCUCAGGUGUAGGUAACAGCAAGCCGUAUCCUAUAUUUCGGAGGUGCUCGCUAGACCAUCCCAGAUUAAGUUGCU